AUGGAGCCAGGCGCCUGGGGGAACAGGACAACUGUCACUGAGUUCAUCCUUCUUGGCCUGACAGAAAACGUAAGACUGAAACCCAUCCUUUUUGUCGUCUUCCUCUUUGCCUAUGUACUCACCAUAGGGGGCAACUUCAGCAUCCUGGCUGCCAUCUUUGUGGAGCCCAAACUCCACACUCCCAUGUACUACUUCUUGGGGAACCUAUCUCUGCUGGACAUUGGAUGCAUCACUGUCACUGUCCCUCCAAUGCUAGCAUGUCUCCUGCCCCCCCAGUGCAGAGUCCCCUACGCUGCCUGCGUUUCACAGCUCUUCUUCUUCCACCUCCUGGCCGGUGUGGACUGUCACCUCCUGACAGCCAUGGCCUAUGACCGCUACCUGGCCAUCUGCCGGCCCCUCACCUACAGCACCCGCAUGCGCCGUGAAGUCCGGGGUGCCCUGGUGGCCAUUUGCUGCACUAUCUCCUUUAUCAAUGCUCUGACUCACACAGUGGCCGUGUCUGUGCUUGACUUCUGCGGCCCUAAUGUGGUCAACCACUUCUACUGCGACCUCCCACCCCUUUUCCAGCUCUCCUGCUCCAGUAUCCACCUCAAUGGGCAGCUGCUUUUUGUGGGGGCCACUUUCAUGGGGGUGUUCCCCAUGAUCCUCAUCUCAGUGUCUUACGCCCACGUCACAGCUGCAGUGCUACGAAUCCGUUCAGCAGAGGGGAGGAAGAAGGCCUUCUCCACGUGUGGCUCCCACCUCACCGUGGUCUGUAUCUUUUAUGGAACUGGCUUCUUCAGUUACAUGCGUCUGGGCUCAGUGUCAGCCUCAGACAGAGACAAAGGGAUUGGGAUCCUCAAUACUAUCCUCAGCCCCAUGUUGAACCCACUCAUCUAUAGCCUCCGGAACCCUGAUGUGCAGGGCGCCCUGAAAAGGGUGCUGAUGGGGAAGCGGCCUCCUGAAUGA